CUAGCAACCGCUGCUAAAUUUCAGUGUACCCUAGCAACCAUGGAGGACGGGCUUUUAAUGAUAGAAGAAAACGGCGAGGAGGUCACAGACGAACAAAAAGAAGCUCUUUACAAACGAGUCGAAGAACUAAAGUAAUGACAAAUAUUCCAAUGCGGUCCUCCGGGCAGAGAAUGCCAUGUUUGAACAGUUCCUUGGCCGCCUGGAUCCACAGGAGCUGCUGGCCCCAGCUGAAGGAGAGGGUCCAGGGGUAAAAGGUAGCUCCCAGCUAGAGGGUGGGGGAUGGAGGCGGAGGUCUCGAGCCAACAUCUCAGAUCGCCUCCAGCUGCUGACCUUGGAGCAAAAACUUUAUAUGGCACAGAGAGAAGUGAGAGAAACACGAGAGGACCAGGAGAAACUCAAACAGAAAUAUGAAAGAACCCAGGAUGAGUACAAGGCUCCUAUGGAAGAAGCAGAACUGUGUCUAGCUGAGAUCAAGAAAGCAAAGUAUGAAUUUGAACGCAAACUACUCAAACCUAUGAAGGACAACAGACUGGCGAUGAAGGAGCCAGAGAAGGUGCUCCAGUAUAUCGAAGACAAGUUAAAGGUUAGCCAAUUGGAGAAGUUUCAUCUGAAGAACCAGGCACUGAAGGUCCACAAGAAGAAGCUCCUGCAGCAGCUCCAACAGAAAAAAGAGAUAGGAAAAGUCCAAUAUGAGGAUUUCUUCCAGGAGUACAAUGAGUCAAGAGUUGACAAAAACCUGGAUGAACUUCAGAUCAAUAGUUUGAAAGUACAACGUGUCCUCAGCUCACACAAGCAGGAGAAGCUGCAAAGUGCCACACUGGAAUCUGCAGAGUUGAGCAACGACAUCCGCAAAAGGAGGCAGUUGCUGUCAAAAAUUGAGGAGGAGAUACAGCACGCAGAGGAGGAGCGUUUGAAGGCAGAAGCCUUCAACCAGCACCUGCGCCGGCAGCUCACACAUUAUCAGGCUCCUGAUAUCACUGAGUACAUGUAUGUCAAGGACAAACUCAAGAAGUUGCGGCAGAACGUUCACACUUGGGAGAGAAAGGUUGGGAUUGCUGAGAUGGCCUUGAAGACCCACACUAAAGCGUGGAGCAAACCAAGAUCCACUCUGACUCCUGCUAACAGUGUGGUGGCUGGAAGUCAGCCUGGAGAUCACAGACUCCCAGUAAAGCUUCCAAACAUAGCAGAAAACAACACAUAGAAAAGUAUAGAAUCAGAAAGCUUUGCAGAUUCAUUAAAGAUAAUCUGUCCCAAGUUAGGGUGCUGUUUAGGCCCCAUUUUACAGUAGGACAGUUAUUCAACAACUGAUUUGUCACAAUAAAUUGAUGCAUCUUUUAAAACUUGGUGGGAAAUACAGAAAUGUACUCAAGGCUGAUGAAGCUUUCAUCCUUUUGAGAUUUUUCAGUCACACUAUGUUUUUUACCAUUCAAAAUGGUGAAGAAUGAAAUAUUAUGUAAAUGUAAAGACCAAGCUCCAAGUUUUGUAAAGUUAAGUAUACCGUAUUUAAAAGAAGCAAGUGUAUUAAAUCCAAUGCAUGUG